AAUAUCAAAGGAAGUUUGGGUUGAGUUCUUCGAUUUGAUAAUGGCUUCUCACCUUAAGCAGACCAUUUUAAUGGUUAUGGUAGUCACCGCCGCCAUUAUCACAACUUCUGCCCAAGAAACUGAAAUUUCCGAUUUCCAUGAGGCUGAAAUACUUAGACGCUUGCAGCAACUUAAUAAGCCUGCUGUUAAAUCCAUCCAGAGUCCAGAUGGAGAUAUAAUAGAUUGUGUCCCUAUUACCAACCAGCCGGCGUUUGACCAUUCUUUGCUGAGGAACCACAUCAUCCAGAUGAGGCCGAGUUCCGAACCCGAAGGCGGUCUUGCAGAAGAGGCCGAAGGAAAGCCGAAGGGUAUACGUCAACUAUGGCACAUGUACGGAGAAUGCCCAGAAAACACAGUUCCGAUGAGAAGAACAAAAGAAGAAGAUCUCUUAAGAUCAACUUCCCUCGAGAGUUUCGGGAAAAAGAGUUAUAAAACCAUCCAACAAGUUGUCUCAAGUGAUUUAGGUGCAUCCGUCCAUGAGUAUGGAGUAACGCAAGCAUUGAACAACAGGGUUUACGGUUCGAAAUCCUUCAUCAAUGUAUGGAAACCCUUUGUCCAACAAUCUAAUGAGUUCAGCUUGGCCCAGACAUGGGUUGUCUCCGGAAGUGGUUCUGAUCUCAAUACCAUAGAAGCUGGUUGGCAGGUCUAUCAACAGUUAUACGGUGACUACAACACAAGACUUUUUAUCUACUGAACAGUAAGUUUUGACUUUGAGAGUUUAAUUUAUUAUCUAGGGUUGUUUCUUUCCGACAUAUGGAUUCCUACGAACCAUAAUCCUCUUUGGCCACUAAC